AUGUCGUCUCAAGUAGAAGAACUGAUGCCCCUGGCAAUAGGAAAGGGCAUCAGCAUGCGUUUAUUUAUCGACCAUAGCAAGCCUCAAGACUCACCGGAGCACAACUGGGUAGAUACCAGGUACGACGGUAAAGACGACUCGGAAAUCCUCGCUAUUCCCAAUCAUUGGCACAGAGACCACGACGAAAUCAUGGAAGUCCUAGAGGGCAAAAUGAUAUUCUACCUCGACGGCAAGAAAAUCGUCGCUUCAGCCGGCGACCCGCCGAUACUUAUCCCACGAGGCCAUGUUCAUGGCUUUACUGUUAUCAAGGGCCAACCCGCCCGGUUCACCGAACGGACCAAGCCAUCGGGUACAUUCAAGGCGCUUUUCUUCCAAGACCUUUUCCAACAAGGCUCGCCUGGGUUUUUGCUGGCUAUGCGGGCUUUUUAUGAUGGCGAUACGUUCGUUUCGCUGCCUGGUGGUUUCAAGACUUUGGAUUAUGUGUUUCUGAGUAUCAUUGGAUACAUUGCGAAGGCAUUUGUUCCUGCGAAACCGAGUGCUGUUAAGGUGAAAGAGUUGUAG